GGCGCCUCCAGGUGCGAAGCGGGGAGCCCGCCUGGCCCCGGGCGCGGACCCCCCGCACCCCCAUGCUGAUGCUCCACGUGGCCGGGCCCCCCGCGGCCGGAGCCAUGUCCCAGACCGAGGUGGAUCUGUCCGGCUGCGGCAUCGCCCUGGAGCCGGGGACCCCCGGCCGGGCAGCCCCGCUCCGCAGCCGGGGGCGCGAGAGCCGCCGCGGCUCCUACAGGUUCAGCCGGCGGAGCUCGGCCGAGCUGGAGCGGCUGGGUUACGAGGGGCCCCCGGGGUCCGGCCCGGCCGGGGCGCAGGAGGCGCGCGGGGACCCCCGGGCUCUCCAAGGCGCAGAGCCCGCGGCGCGCUCCGGCUCGGGCAGCGAGACCGGCGGCCAGACGCCCUCGCCGCCGCCCCCCGGCCGGGUCUCCCCGCGCGGCGCCCCCCCGGACGAGAGCCGCCGGGCGCAGGAGGAGAACGAGGAGAUCGAGACCCGCGCCGUGGCCACCUCCCCGGACGGCCGGUUCCUCAAGUUCGACAUCGAGAUCGGCCGCGGCUCCUUCAAGACGGUCUACAAAGGGCUGGACACCGAGACCACCGUGGAGGUGGCCUGGUGCGAGCUGCAGACUCGGAAGCUGUCGAAGGCUGAACGGCAGCGCUUCAGUGAGGAGGUGGAGAUGCUGAAGGGCCUGCAGCAUCCCAAUAUUGUCCGCUUCUACGACUCCUGGAAGUCGGCCAUCAAGGGCCAGAUCUGCAUCGUGCUGGUCACUGAGCUCAUGACCUCGGGCACCCUGAAAACCUACCUGAAGCGCUUCAAGGAGAUGAAGCUGAAGGUCCUGCAGCGCUGGAGCCGGCAGAUCCUCAAGGGGCUGCACUUCCUGCACACGCGCUCGCCCCCCAUCAUCCAUCGCGACCUCAAGUGUGACAACAUCUUCAUCACCGGCCCCACCGGCUCCGUCAAGAUCGGGGACCUGGGCCUGGCCACGCUCAAGCGGGCCUCCUUCGCCAAGAGCGUCAUAGGCACCCCGGAGUUCAUGGCCCCCGAGAUGUACGAGGAGAAGUACGACGAGGCGGUGGAUGUGUACGCCUUCGGCAUGUGCAUGCUGGAGAUGGCCACCUCGGAGUACCCCUACUCGGAGUGCCAGAACGCCGCCCAGAUCUACCGCAAGGUCACCUCGGGCAUGAAACCCAACAGCUUCUACAAGGUGAAGGUGCCAGAGCUGAAGGAAAUCAUUGAGGGCUGCAUUCGCAUGAACAAGGCUGAGAGGUACACCAUCCAGGACCUGCUGGACCACUCCUUCUUCCAGGAGGACACGGGGGUGCACGUGGAGCUGGCCGAGGAGGACGACGGCGUCAAGUCCGGCCUCAAGCUCUGGCUGCGCAUGGACGACACCAAGAAACUGCACGGCAAGUACAAGGACAACAACGCCCUCGAGUUCCUCUUCGAGCUGCACAAGGACGUGGCCGAGGAGGUGGCCCAGGAGAUGGUGACCCUGGGCUUUGUGUGCGAGGCGGACUACAAGCUGGUGGCCAAGGCGGUGCGGGACCGCGUGGUCACCAUCAAGCGCAAGCGGGAGAAGGUGAAGCGGGUGCAGGAUGAGCUGCGGCGCCAGGAGCAGGAGAAGCAGCCGGGCGUCCUGCCCCUGCUGGAGGAGCUGAAGUGCCCCCCGGUGCCUGCCACCCCCCAGGCCUCGCCGGCCACGCCUGGCUCCGGGGACUCUGUCUUUGGGGGCACCUUCCCCCCGGAGCCCGAGGAGCCCGAGGCAGAUCAGCACCAGCACUUCCUGUACCGGCAUACCAGCUACUCCUCCACCACCUCUGACUGCGAGACGGACGGGUACCUGAGCUCCUCUGGGUUCGUGGACUCGCCCGACCUGUCCCUCUGCCACUCGGGCACCUUCUCCACCGGGGACCCUUCCAGCCCACCAGCUGCCCAGUCAGAGAGCUGCUUCCCCGUGAGCAUCGCAGUGAGCUCGCCCAUGGAGCGCCUGCCGUCUGCCCCGGCCAGCGAGUUCUCUUCCCCAGUGGACAGCUACGCGUCUGACGUGGCGUCCGGCCUGAGCGACGGCUGCGAAGGGCUCUCGGCCAGCGAGCAGAACGCCAAGCUGCCGGCCAAGCGGGCUUCGGGGAAGCUGCUGCGGCGCCGAGCCAGAUCGAGGCUGCGCAUCACCAACAUCUCGGACAAGAGCGACCGGGUGGUGGAGUGCCAGUUGCAGACCUACAACAACAAGAUGGUGACCUUCAAGUUCGACCUGGACGGGGACAACCCGGAGGAGAUUGCGGCCGUCAUGGUCAAUAACGAGUUCAUCCUCCAGUCGGAGCAGGACAGCUUCAUCCAUCGGAUCCAGGACAUCAUCCAGCGCGUGGAGACCCUGCUGCGCAAGGACGGGCGUGGUGCCACCGGGGCGGCUGGCAGCCCGCAGCCUGAGAGCCUGUCGCCCUCUGCCACCAGCAACGGCCUCCCGGUGGAGCUGCAGCUGCAGGAUCUCUCGCGCUCCAUCUCGGCCUCGUCCUUGCUCAGCGACCUGGGCUGCAGCAGCCCAGGCCAGUCGGAGCUGGCUCCGGUCCAGCCCUCGCUCAGUGGCUCCCCCUCUGAAAACGACGUCUUCAGCCUCGCAGACACCCCGCCAGGGACCCAGCCCGUUGGGCUGCAGCCUCUGCUCCCAGCAGAACCGCCAGGUUCCCCCAGUGCAACUGCCUGGAGCUGGCCCUCCUUCUUGAUGGCGCCUGGCCUGGCCCCGUACCAGCCGCCGACGUCCCAGUCUUUCCCACAGACGGCCGGGCCCGGGCCCCAGGCUGGGGGCUCCCUGCUGCCCACCACGCCACCCAGGGGAGGCCUGGGCCCCCUGAGCCCACCCAUGAACAGCACGGCCCCCACUGCACCCCCCUGGUCUCCUGCCACCUCCCCCUUGUUCUCGCUGGCUGAGAUGUUCUCCCUGGCAAUGAUGAGCAUGGCCCAGACGCUGCUGCCGUCCGUCUCCUUGGCUGCCCCCCCGCCGGGUGGGCCCCUGGCCCCUGCACCGAUACCUCGCCCGCAGUCGCUCUACCUGGGGCCGGCGCACUCCACCUCCCCUGGCCCCGCAGGCCUGGUGGAGCCAGCGCCAUGCUGCAAUGGGACCCAGGAGCUCACCAGCACCCGUGUCACGGGGGACUGGGCGCCAGCUCUUGCCCCUCAGGGCCUGGGAAGAAGCGGCACCGGGGAGAGUCCGCUGUCAUCGGUGAGAGCUCCUGCUGCGGGGGCGCUGGACAGCGGCUCGGUAUCGCCCUGCUCCCCGAAACCCAGCAGCCACCUGAUCGUCUCCGAGUCGCCCGCUCCUGGCACGGCCAAGGCCCGGCUGUCCCCCAUCAACGAAGAGGCCAAGCCCCAGAUUCUGGGCCGGUUCCAGGUGACCACGUCCAAGGACCCAGCCAACAGCCCCCUGGGGCAGCAGAGCCAGAGCGACAGUGAGCAGAGCGGCCUGGAGCCCUGGGAGGGGGCGGCUGGCGCCUCCUCCCAGCCCUCGGUGCCCAGCUCCUCCGCCACGGAGGGCAGCACGAGCCCCGACUCGGACUCUGUCCCCGACACCCCGGUGCAGGACCCGGACGAGCAGCUGGCCGAGGAGGGGACGCCGGUGGCGCUGGCGGAGAGCGACCAGGAGGGGCCCGGGGAGGGCGGUGCCGAGAGCCCUCAGCAGGCCGUGGUGAGCCAGGUGUGGAUGAGCUACGCGCGCAGCUUGUCCUAUCUGAGCAGCGACGACACGGAGAGCGAGGACGAGGAGAUCUGGGAGGAGCUGCAGAGCCUGCGCCAGAAGCACCUCUCUGAAGUGCAGACGCUGCAGGCCGUGCAGAAGAGGGAGAUCGAGGAGCUGUACUUCCGGAUGGGGAAGCAGGCCCCCCCCGGCAUCGUCUCCCCAGCCGCCAUGCUCUCCAGCCGCCAGAGACGCCUCUCCAAGGGCAGCUUCAACCCGUCCCGGCGCAACAGCCUCCAGCGCCUGGAGCUCUCGCAGCCCCCAGGGAUCAUGCGCAGGAACUCGCUGAGUGGCAGCAGUACCGGCUCGCAGGAGCAGCGGCCGAGCAGAGGGGUGACGUUCGCCGGAGACCUCAGCCGAACGGAGCCGCCAGCCCCAUUGCAGUGA